AUGAAGUUGAUCAAGUUCGUCAAAGUUUGUCAAGGCCAGCUCCUGUCAGCUCGAAAGCCUGUCAGAGUGCCUCUGGAGAUCGAGGAGAGCGAAGACAACAUAUUGGGCAGGUGCGCAGUCCAACUUUCGCGGCGCGAGCCCUCUUCUCUCCAGUCCACCUUUCCUGAAAAAAACCCCGACAAUCAAGACAACCAGUGCUCACUCGAUACAAUCAUCAUGUCCUCAGGCAAACUAUCAAUCGACGGCGUCAAGAGCUCGGCGAUCAUCGAGGCGGUCUCCCUUGGGAUCUCCAAGAUGACUGAAGCGGAGAAGAAGAAGCAGAUGAAAGCGAUCAACGGGAUUUUCCAGAUGAAUGUGAAGAGUGCGGAGGGCAAGGAAGGCACAUGGACGAUCGACUUCAAGAAAGAAGGAAAGGUGUACCAAGGCCCUGCCAAGCCGAAGGCCGACGUGACGAUCAAUCUCUCCGACGAGACGUUCCAGGCAUUAGCCGAUGGGAAGCUGAACGGCCAAAAAGCGUUUAUGGGGGGCCAGUUGAAGGUCAAGGGGAACAUCAUGUUGGCUACUAAGUUGGACGUCUUGCUGAAAUCCGCGCAGGCAAAACUGUAA